AAAUGAUUGUCAUAGUUUUUUUUUCUCUGUGUGAAAUAAUCAUAAGAUCAAGUUAGAUUUCUUCAUAGCUUUUACUUGCUGUCCAUUAGAUCGCAGGAGUCAAGGUUAUGGUUUACGUGAUGCCAUAUAGUCAAAGUCUAAAUACAUCGGCGAAUUUUGGUGCAUAGUUUUGGAAAUGAAUAGAGAAGAAUGAAUACAUGAUAUAAACCACAAAAAGAACCCACGUAUUGAUCUUUGAAUUGAAUGUAAAAACCCAAUUCAAUGCGUAACUGACUGAUAAUGAGAGUUCACAGAUAUUUUUUUGGACAUUAGAAUCAAAUUUACCAUAGAAUCCAGUUUUCAAAUGAUGUUUAGAAAAUAACCGACCCCACCAUUUUUUGGAACAGUCAUAUAGUAUGGUUGAGACGUGUGUGUUUAUAUAUAAUCGUCUGUUUUACGCAACUCUUUUUUGAAUAUCAGUAUGUUUAUGACUACUACCGAAAGAACUUGCAGAAUUUGUGCUGCCUAACCAUAGAAAGACUUUUUAAUUCUUCCAAAUUCGUGCAAAUCAAAUAACGUGCGUUGUGUGAAAACAAAAGGUGUAAACUUUGAUCAAUAAAAUGGCGGCCGAUAUUUUGAAGCAUACAUGGCGCAGCUCGAAAAUAAGUGUUAAAGAUAAAUCGGACAAGGAAUUGGAGUUGAGUGAUUUGGCGUUGAAAAUGGCACGCAAGGAGCUGCGCGAAGAUCGAAGUGCUCGCGAACAGUGUUUGGAACAGUUGCGCAAUUGGCUCAAUAAGAAUGAGGAUGUGGAAAAUGUGCGCACCGACGAUCGAUUUUUAUUACGAUUUUUGCGUGCGAAAAAAUUCAGCGUACCAAUGGCUCAACAGAUUAUUCUCAAGUAUUUGAAUUUGAAACGAGUUUUCCCACAAAUGACCGCUAAUUUGGACUACAAGAGCAAAUCCGUACAUGAAAUUCUGACCAAUGGAUAUUUAACCGUUUCACCUGUUCGCGAUCAAAACGGACGCCGUGUUAUUAUUAUUCGUGCAUCUUGUUUCAAUCCCAAAAUAUACACCAGCUACGAUAUGGCGAAGGCAUAUUUUGUUGCACUCGAAACAUUGCUUGAAGAUCCCGAGAAUCAGGUGCUUGGAUUCACUCAUAUCUGCGAUAUCACCGGAAUCACUGCCGCUCACAUCACCAAUUGGAGUCCAAGCGAUUUUUCGCGCAUUCUCAACUGGGGCGAACAAUCGGUGCCUGCCCGUCACAAAGCCGUUCAUUUGAUCAACGUACCGCAUGCCGUGAAAUUCGUACUAGACUUUGCUAAAUCGAAAGUUAGUGCCAAAAUGAAGGAUCGCUUCCAAGUGCACACAAACAUGUUUGAAUUGCAAAAAAAAGUGGACAAAUCGUGUUUGCCAGUCGAAUUGGGCGGUAACAUUCCGAUGAAUGAAAUGAUCGAAUAUUGGACAUCCGAAAUGGAAGCCAAACGAGACGUCUUAAUCGCUUUAGACCAAAUGAUUUUGCACAGUGAUCGUGGCAUUACUCGUCGUCACGAUAAAAACAACAAUAACAACAACAAAAAUAGUAUAAAUUCAAUGCAAGCCAAUUUCGAAUCAAUUUCAGGCAGUUUUCGAAAAUUAGAAGUCGAUUAGGGUUGAGGCGUUAGACAAUUUCCGAGCACGCAAAUCCGUUUGGUUGUUUUGCAACUCGGCAAAAAAACAAAUGCCAAAAUGUAUUCAGAAAAAAAAACUUUGAUUAGAAUUGUAAUAUGUAUUAUUGUUUAAUGAAUUUUACCGGUUAACGAUGUGUUAAAGACCAAAAUGUUGCAUCUAUUAGAAUGCAUAUCAAGCGAUCGACUUGUUCAAAAGAAUUGGGGGACAGUUGAAUCAAUCGCAAUAAAAAGAGAGGUAUUGUUCUAAAAUAGGUUCAAUGUUCUUCCGAAGAGAGGCAUAGUAAAGCUUGAACAAACUGAUAGCUGGAUCCAUUUGACGAAAAACCACAUUAUAUCUCGGUAUGGACACGUUCAAGGUUUUACCGGGAAAUAAAAUUGUCUAUAUUAAGAGCUAAACGUGCUGCUAAAUUGACAAAAAUUCCCGUUGAGUCAAGAGUCACUCGACUCCCACGUUCAUCUAGUAGUUUGCUUAGUUUGAAGAUGCGUUUAGCUCAAAGCGCUUAACACCACCAACAUUUCAUCGAAUCGUUUGUUCAAUUUUAGGUUGAUAAAUUAUACGAACAUGAAACUGUAUUGCAAGUGCAAUUCUUUUCAAAUUAAGUUACUUUACAUUCCAUACCAUUUCAUUAUUCUUUUCUUUUUGAUAUGCGCCCAAUUAUCCUUUACACCUAUUACUUCCUUCCUACUCAUGUCCUUAUGAAUACUGUGUUGAAGCCGAUGGGUGCGUAUAGUAGCCCGAAUUCUGUGUGCGGCCGUGAGAUUUGAAUUCUAAUUUAAGAUUUCUAGAAGCCAAUAGGUUCAGUUGUAGGUACCAAUGGAAAUAAAGUUAAAUGUGUUUUUUUAAUAAUAAAAAAA